CAGGCAGAUAGCACAGGAGAUCAUUAAGGGCAUGGGGUAUCUUCACGCAAAGGGGAUUGUACAUAAGGAUCUAAAGUCCAAGAAUGUUUUCUAUGACAAUGGGAAAGUUGUGAUCACUGACUUUGGAUUAUUUGGAAUCUCGGGUGUGGUUCAGGAAGGAAGGAGGGAGAAUGAAUUGAAGCUGCCUCAUGACUGGUUAUGCUACCUGGCACCCGAGAUUGUCCGUGAGAUGGCCCCUGGGAAAGAUGAAGACAAGCUGCCUUUCUCCAAAGCUGCAGAUAUCUAUGCCUUUGGGACUGUGUGGUAUGAGCUCCAAGCAAGAGAAUGGCCUUUCAAGAGCCAGCCUGCAGAGGCGCUCAUCUGGCAGAUUGGAAGUGGCGAAGGAGUGAAACAAGUCCUUUCAACUGUUAGUUUGGGGAAAGAAGUCAACGAAAUUCUCUCGGCAUGCUGGUCAUUUGAUCUCAGUGAGAGACCCAGCUUCACUGUCCUCAUGGAUAUGCUUGAAAAACUGCCAAAAUUGAAUCGUCGGCUCUCCCACCCAGGGCAUUUCUGGAAGUCUGCUGACAUUAACAGUAGCAAAGUUGUCCUGCGUUUUGAAAGAUUUGGCUUGGGAAUCCUGGAACCAAGUAAUCAAAAGAUAUAGCAUGGUGUGUGAUUGUCUUGUGAUAAUGUUGUCUGCCUACUUACACAAAGCAUCAGAAGUCUUCACUGAAUCUUCCGAGCUAUGAGACUGGUGCAGCCGCAGCUGAAAGCCGCACGACCAUCAAUUCACAGUCCCGUGUUGUUUGCAAAGUCUGAAUUCUGCCUGAGCACCAGCAGUUAUUUAAAGAAUG